AUAUAUAUAUAUGUGUUACCGGCAAUAUGGAUAAUUUAGGUAUUUUGCAAAAUGCCUAGGCAUUAUGCAAAUUACCGACACAUUUUAGGCAAAGUAUAUAAAACAUGAUUUUCAAUAUUAUUUUAUAAAUUACCUAGGCAUAAUGCCAAUUUUUUUUUAGUAAAGUACAAAACAUUUUAUUAUGUUAUAUAACAUAUAACCCUUUAAAGGCUCAUGACUCCUUUUGAGAUCAUGUUCUUUAAUUUAAUGUAGUGAUGGGCAAAAAAAAUCAAUAUUUCCGAAAUAUCGAUAUUUUAAUAAAUUUAUAUCGAUAUUUUGGAUCGAUAUUUCUUUUUCUAUACAUUUCGAUAUUUAUCGAUAUUUCAGCCCUACUGAUACCGGUUUUUUUAAAUUCAAUAAUUUCAGGUCCGUGUAAAUAAAAAUAUAUUACAUAUUUUGGUUUUCCUAUUUCUAAACGGCAAAUCAACAAUGAUAAUUUGUGAAUAUUCUCUAUGCUUUUAUACAUGUAUUUAUAGUUUAUACCCUGGCGACCGUAAAAAUAUAGUUUAUUCGUUAAAUCAUUAUUAUUUCUCUGUAUUCCGUCCAUGUCUACCGUGAUUUUCUUGUGUCUUUAAUGUAAAAAUAUGUCGGAAAAUAAUUUAUACAAAAACGUUAAAACUAAUUUUGACGUAAUUGAUUUGAUGACAUCAAGAUGCAAAAUUUGUUUUAAAAAUGUUAAAACAAGUGGAAACACAACAAAUUUAAAAAAACAUUUGGAAAGAAACCAUUCGGGAUUAAAUAUUUUUAGUUCAAUUCCAACGACAUCCACGUUAGUUCCUAUUGACCGUGUUUUUAUACCAGAUUCUAUAAAUAAUAUGGAAACUCAUAAAGAACUCGAAGAACAAUUAGAGGAUGACCCUUCAAUAUUUUCUGGUUCUAAGACUACUUUGGAAUUUGGAUGCGCAGUAUCAUCAACACCAACAACAUCAGUAACACCAAAUAAGAAAAGACUAAUCCAGAUGCCAAUAAACGAAACAUUUCGUUCAAUUGAAUCUUUUUCAGAAGGAGGUACUAAGUAUUCAAAAAUGUCUAAUGCACUAGUUUUCAUGAUUGCCAAAGAUGGUCUACCUCUUAAUAUAACAGAAAAAGAAGGUUUUUAAGCUUACUCAAAAGUUGCUACUCCAUUAUUCAAGUUACCUAGCAGAAGAAGUAUAACUAGGAUGUUAGAUGAUAAGUAUGAUAUGAUUACUGAGGUAUACCGAAAUCUUAUAGAUUCUGUUCAAAAUAUUACAUUAACAACAGACGCCUGGACUGAUAUCUUAAAUAGUAAAAGCUACUUAGGAGUUACUAUGCAUUUUAUACAAAACUUGCAAUUAGUUUCUGUAGUAUUGGAUGUACAUCCGCUAUCUGAGCGACACACAGCUGACUAUUUAAGAGAAACCAUAACCAAAAUUCAAAAAUCUUGGAAUAUUUCCAAUUCUAAAGUUGUAUGUAUUGUUACGGAUGGUGGUGCAAACAUAGUAAAAGCAAGUAAUGAUCUUUUUGGAGAAAUACGACACUUACAUUGUUUUGCACAUAAGCUUAAUCUCAUUCCUCAAAGGGCAAUCUCAAAUGUUCCAAAAUUAGUUUUAUUGAUUAAAAAAGUAAAACAAAUUACAAAAAAUAAUUAAUUACA